ACCUGUGAGGUGUCCCCAGAGGAGCGGGAGGGUGGGUGCGCGGAGCCCGCGGCCUGGGGCGCUUCAACCCGCAGUCGGACGCCUUCCAUGCCAGCGGAGCCGGCCGAGCGCCCCGCGCAGGUGAUGAGGAACCCCCCGCGCCCCCAGCGCAGGACGCCGCGGCCGCUGGACGCCUCCAUUGUCUGACCACGACCCGGGCCGGAGUCCCCCCAGGUAAACGGCCCCUGUCCGCCCCCACACCCGGAGGCGUCCUGUCCUCCCGCAGGACGGGAGUGCGCUCUUCUCACCGUCCCUGGCUUCUGCCUCACUCCCUCUCUGCACCCCCGGACACAUCCCAUCUGCAUUCGUCUCCCCCCAUCGCUCUGCCAAACCAUCACUCGUUUCCCGCAAAACUCAGCUCCUUUGUGAAACCUUUCUUGCCCAACUCCCAACAACUGCAUCUUCCUCGGAGCCUGCUCUGCACAGCUCUAGGUGAUUUUUCAUGGGUGUCUUGUUGCAACAAAGGAGACCAGAUAUUUAGAAAAUAUUUCUAAGCUCUAGCCUUUUGCAAGGAACGCUUUUGAUAUUUAGACACUUAGUAGUUUUUUCACAGGAUGGCAAGGUUUUUGUUUAUAUAUUUGCUCUCUAAAUUUUAGAGGAGUCCCUGCUAGCUUUCUAGAGCGGGAAAAUGAGCUGCUUGUUCUACCCACAGGUCCAUUUAAAUUUUUAAAAUGAAGUUAGAGAAGUGGCACAUUUCUUUUGUAGGAAUUAAAACACCACAGAGAUGGCUAAAGUCUUUGCCAGCCCCUCUCUGUUUCCUCUCUCCUCUCCAAAGAUAACCACUGUUCUUUUUCUAGAUCUUUUAAAACAGUUUUACGUACAUAUUCAUGUGCGCUUACUUGUAUUUUACUGUUUUAGCAAGUACGAGUAUACUCUUUAAAUUUUAGCAUUUGAUGCUUUAACUCAUUUUUAAGAGCUGCUGCAUCGUGUUCCAUAGUUUGGGUAUACCAUAGUUUAUUUAGCCAUUUCCUGAUAGAUGGCAGUUUAAGUUUUAAUUUUGUAUUUAAAACAGCUUUUUGUUGAUGUUCUCUGGUGGAGUUAGAUUUUAGCGAAAGGGUCACAGAUCUAUUCUAAUUAGAGACUAGGUGAUUAUGAGGGAAGCUGUCUUUGCUUAAGAAAUUUGCAAGUGCCUCCUCCCCCUCCCCCUGCCCCAUUGUAGUUGUGACUCUACCACGUAACAAGCCUUGUGACCUUGGAGAGGACACUUAAUCACUCUAUGCCUCAGUUUUUUCGCUUCUAGAAACGGUUAUAGUACAUAUUCUGUCUUUUUCAGAGUUCAAUGAUAUGAUGUGUGUGAAAGUGCCUUGUAAAAUGUGAAGUGGUACAUAAAUAUUGGUUUUAUUACCCUUUGUGAUCCGAAACGUGUUGUUUGCAAUAUAAUUUAUAUCUUGUUUUUUGACCCGGUGUGCAUAUUACAGAAGGCAAGAGAUAGUCAGCUUUGAAUGCUUUUUAACUCAGGAUUUUAUUAUAAUUAAUUUCUGUCAAGUACUGACAACAUAUUAAGCUUUUAGAAGAAUACUGUACAAAGCAUAUCUUUCUUAGUGCUUUACAUGCCUUAAAAAUAAGGCAUAUAAACUAGUCGACUUUGAAUAAAUGUGUCAGCAAAUUGAAAACUAGAUAAAACUCUCAUUGCAGCAUUUAAAUGAAACUUAUGUCCUAGUGAUAUGAAUGUGUGUGUGUAUUUUCUUUGUGGCAGUGGCAGAUUCAGGUUAGCUUUUUUGUCCUUCAGGUAAAAUGGACUCUCGCUGAAUUUGUAGGCAGUGCCAGAAAGAGUUUUAGCCAUUUAAAUAUUGAUUGAAUGAUGAUGACUAACAUUUUAAGGUUUUAGGUACAAUUCAGGGCUUUGUAGGUAUUUUUCUUUCAGAAAUAUUUGAGUGUCUCUAGGGUGGCCGACAGAAUCAACAAUUUCCCUGUCCUUUUGGAGUUGAUAACUUGUGGGGAGAAUGAAGAACAGUCACAUGACUGCGUGUAUAAUCACAAACUGUGAUAUCUUGCUGUGACAGUGAAGUGAGGCCCGCUGGGAAGAGUAUUAAAAGGGCACCGAAUUUUAGAUUUUGGAGAGGGAGCCCAGGAAAGACUUCUUUUCGAAAAUAAGAUUUAAGCGGAGAUGGGAAGGAUGAGUAGGUGUUAGGGUGGAGUGAAGCGGGGGUAAUUUUCCAGGCAGAGAACAGCAUGUGGGAAGGCCUUGAAGGGGGAACGCUUAGCCCAUUCCAGGAAUGGAAGAAUGACUUGUGGCUAGUUGUUAGGGAGUGAGGGGGAAGUGGGGCUAGGCAGGGGGCCAGAUCAUGUAGGGUCUUGUAGGGCAUGUUAGGGAUGUAUUUUAUCCUGAGGGAAAUGGGAAAUCAGUACAGGGGUUGGAUUUUAAGUAGGGCACUAAGAUAAUCAGAUUUGCAUUUUAAACAACCGCUCCAGCUGCUACAUGCAGAAUGGCGGGGGUACGGUGGGGGUGCAGAGUAGAAGUGGGGAGACUAGUUAGUAGGUCAUUUCAGGUGGUCUUUUCCUUGUGGUUCAAUUGAAGUCACUGUACCAGCUUAACUAAGGUCAAAACAGGUGUUUGAUUAAAAAUUAAAUACUAGUUUCUCAUUUUUUAAGAAGUAGGAAUACAAAGGCUUUUUCUUUUCUUACGCAGAACUUUAAAACACAUGUUAACCUAGUUGUCCACAUUAUACUUUGGGAGCCCUGGUGGUGCAGUGGUUAAGCAAUAAGGCUGCUAACCAAAAGGUCGGCAGCUGUACUUAAAAGUAUCAGAGUCAAGUUAAAACGGGGAUGUUCUUUUACAUAGUUUAUAUAACUUCAAAACAGUGAUACGUGAAAUACAAGUAAGGGAGGAAAGAAAUGAAAAAUGAAAAUUAGGGAAAUAUUUGUAGAUGGUGUUGCUGGGAAAACAAAAGAAUGACAGGAAUGAUUAGACCAGACAAAAUGAUAACGUGUCCGGGCACCUAUGUAUAGAUAAUACGAAUAGCUUUCUGACUACCAAAAAUAACCUGACAGAAGAUAUAAAAAAGAAGAAAUGCAUGCUCUGAUCACAGUGGAACAAAAGGCAUAAAACACUUAGGUACAACCUUAUCCAGAUAAGUACAUGGUACACGAUGAAGACUAUGAACAUUUCCUGAAAGACAUGAAAGCGUAUCCUAAGUAGAAAGACAGGCCAUAUUCCUGAAUGUGACCUUUGAAUGCUAUGACGAUGUCUAUUUUUGGGUGAACUUGACGAUUAUUAGGAGUAAUUGUGGGUGGGAUAAUCACUACCUAAUAUUUACAUGUGUGAUAGAGCCACGUUCAUUAGAACAGUGCCCUACUGGCUUAAGAGUAUCUAUACAGGUCACUGGAACCUAUCCAGCACCCCAGAAAUAAACUAUGAUAUGUGGGAAUGUAGUAAGUGAUUGAUCAUUGUGAGUGCAUCAAAACUUGUAGAGAAAACGGGAGUAAAUAUUUAUUAAACAUCUGGAAAGAGAAGUUUGCGUGCUGACAUGGACAGAGCUUUGCAAUCAGGUAUAUCCGAACUGAAGUCCUUUUUUCUUUAUAGUAUUAGCAGUGUACCAUUGAACAGACUUCUGAGCCCUUCUGUGCUGCAGAUUUUUUUUUUCUUUUUUAAGUGAGGAAAAUAAUACCCACUGUGCAGGUGUUGUGGCGGUAAGGAUAAAGGCUCUGGCACGUAAGGGGCACUUAAAUCUAUUAUUAGUUGCUACUAUUAGAAACACUGGAGAAAAUAAUUGUAAGACCCAGUGUAUUAGACUACGUGAAAAUGUAAAACUUUUUUAAGAAGAAAAGGAAAACACAAUCCCAGGAUUAAAAGCCAAACCACAAAGUAGGAAAAUAUUUGUGACAAAUGAUAAGCGAAGAGUUCACAUCUUCCGUAUGUAAAGAACGCAUACAAAUCAAUGAAGAAAAUACUGAAAAUCCAUAUGCAAGUGGUUAUAGAUAGUUCACUGGAUAGAAAUAUAAUUGGAUAAACAUUUGAAAAGUUGUUAAAUCUCACUAAUAAUCAGAACGAUUAGUUAAUUCUAUAGAAAAGUAUGUUCUAUUUUCAAUGGCAGCGAAAAUAGAAAACAUUUAGGAAUAAGACAUAAAAAGUAUAUAAAAGCAUUAUGAAGAAAAGUGAAAACCUUUACCUAAAGGAUUUAAAAGCCAACCUAAACAAUGGGCAGGCAUAACAUGUUCCUGGGUGGGAAGACAUCAUUGUAAGGACAGAGUGCUUUCCAAAUUUAACUUUAAUUUCAGUGUAUUCCGAUUGAAAUGCCAGUGGUAAUUUUUUGGACACUCGACAGAUUGCUUCUAAAAUUCAUCUGGAAAAGUAAAUGUGCUAGAAUGGUCCAGAAAUUUUUCAAAUGGAAAAAUAGUGUGAGAGGAUUUGGUGCACCAGGUAUUAAGAUGUACUGUAAUGCUACAGUAAUAUAAACGGUGAGCUUAAGAGAGAAAUUGAUAAACGGAACAAAAAUAGAAUCCAGUAACAGACUUUUCGUUUGGGAAUUUAGCAUAUGAUAAAGUUGAUAUUUUGAAACAGUUGCGAAAUGAUUUUUCAAUAAAUUAUAUAGGAAUAAAUGUCUCUUCAUUUGGGAAGGAAGACCCUACUUCACCAUAUUCAAGAUAACUUCUAGAUGGAUUAAAGAGCUAACAACAACAACAACAACAGAAAACACGUGCACACAGACCCCAACUAUAAAGACCUGCAAAUCCACGUGACGCAUCUCUCUGGAAGAUAAGAGAGCUUCUUUCUCAAGGUCAGAACAGGCGACUGGAGUCGUACCCACGUACAGAAUCAUCAGAAAGAAGGAUUGCCGACGCAUCAGGCCCCCGAGGAGCUUGCUUCCUGGAGAGGCUCCUGUCUGAUGAGUAGGGGGCAGAAUGUCAGACUGAAUCUCCUGGGGGUGGCCACAGGGGACCAAGGCCGGCCAGCAGCACCUCACUCUCAGCUGCGGGGGACACUGUGCAGCCCUUUAUGUAGGAGCGGGAAGCACGAGAUCGCUCUACAAGAGGAAGAUUCCAGGGGCCUAAAAACGCAAAGGUUUGCACCUUGGGAGCCCUUUGGAAUGUUGACAACUCAGGAUCUAACAGGAAGUUCUGUGUUAAUGAGUUACAGGAUUUGUGUGGAACUAAAUGUCACUUUAUAAUUAGUAAUAAUACUGAGUGAGAAACACUAUGCAGGAAGAAGCCUUCCAUAGAAAGAUAGGCAGGGAAAAGCUUAGGCCGACCUUAAACUUACUGACUAGAGCAAGCCUGAGAUAAACUUCCGAGAUGGCCAAAUAAGAGACUUUAUGAACUAGCAACCCUUUAACCCUGUAACUAGACUAGUCGUAAGGAAAUUUUCUCCUCUCAGUCACGAUACCAAAUAGGAAACAUGAUCUACAAGUGCCCCAUGUGUAGGGAAUUCUUCUCUGAGCGAGCAGAUCUUUUUAUGCAUCAGAAAAUUCACACAGCUGAGAAGCCCCACAAAUGUGACAAGUGCGAUAAGGGUUUCUUCCAUAUAUCAGAACUUCAUAUCCACUGGCGAGACCACACAGGCGAGAAGGUCUACAAAUGUGAUGAUUGCGGUAAAGAUUUUAGUACUACAACCAAACUCAAUAGACACAAGAAAAUCCACACAGUCGAGAAGCCCUACAAAUGCUACGAGUGUGGCAAAGCCUUCAACUGGAGCUCACAUCUCCAGAUCCAUAUGAGAGUUCACACAGGGGAGAAGCCCUACGUCUGCAGUGAGUGUGGACGGGGCUUCAGUAAUAGCUCAAACCUCUGCAUGCAUCAGAGAGUGCACACGGGAGAGAAGCCCUUUAAAUGUGAAGAGUGUGGCAAGGCCUUCAGGCACACUUCCAGCUUGUGCAUGCAUCAAAGAGUGCACACCGGAGAGAAGCCCUAUAAGUGCUAUGAGUGUGGCAAGGCCUUCAGCCAGAGCUCGAGCCUCUGCAUCCACCAGAGGGUGCACACGGGCGAGAAACCCUAUAGGUGUUGUGGGUGUGGCAAGGCCUUCAGCCAGAGCUCCAGCCUCUGCAUCCACCAGAGAGUGCACACCGGAGAGAAGCCGUUUAAAUGUGAUGAGUGUGGCAAGGCCUUCAGCCAGAGCACCAGCCUUUGCAUCCACCAGAGAGUCCACACAAAGGAGAGGAACCACCUCAAAAUAUCAGUUAUAUAAAAAGUUUUGCUAAGAGCGAAAGAUCUUAAAACCCAUAAGUGCCACUAGGAAGGAAACCCUGUAAAUACCCACAUUGACCCAAGAAAUACUUGCAGCAAUCCCUAGCGAAACAUUCUUCGUGAAAAGGCAUACAUAAGGUUGAUUUUUUGAUUCACGCCAAGUGUGUUCCAUCUACAGCUUGGCUUUGAACAUAAAAUCCCUCUUGAUAUAAGCCAGGUUCCUGUCUGGGACAUGCACUUCCCAGGAUUCCGGUGCUAUGCCUUGAUGGUAGAAACAGCCCUGUCGCGUCGAGUCGAUUUCGACUCGUAGUGACCCUAUAGGACAGGGUAGAACUGCCCCAUAGAUAGGGUUUCCAAGGAGCAGCUGGUGGAUUCAAACUGCCGACCUUUUGGUUAGCAGCCGAGCUCUUAACCACUGCACCACCAGGGCUCCAACAGUUGAAACAGUACAUAAAAAAUCAUGAUCACUGCCCAGUCUCCUGAGUCACCUCCUGUCUUCUCUUAAAAGUUAUCCCUGAUACUUCCUCCCUUAGGGGUUCACACCCUCCCUUCCUCUCGAUUGAAGCAUACUGGUGAAUGUAAUUGAAAAGGGACAGCUCUCACUAAGAUAGAGUUCUGGUACUUCUGAGGUGACCACUCAGUUCACUCCUGCAUAUCUUCCACAUAGCCCGUUAUUUCUGAACCUACUUUACCUGUAUGCCCUCAGAGUAUCCGUAAAUACCCACCCCUUCCUAGAUGGCGUUAAAUUUCCCUUUAGGUUUUAGGUGACUCGUAACAGCUGUCUACCUGGCCUAUCAGAGAAACCGUUGGCAGACAUACUUGCCUUUGGACUUUUUAAAACUUUUGUGGAUCCUGCUAAUCACUGUGUCUCUAUGUUAGUCAGACUGACUUUCUCGUGUCAUCAUGUGCUUUUAACUUGAAUUAUUUUGGAAAUAGCUGAAUGUAAAUAGCAGGGAGUAAGAAGCAAGCGAAGUCAAAACUUUUCCCCACCCAGAACGGCCCUCUCAGGCUCCUCUUGUGACACACGGGCUCCUGGUGUAGCUGGAGGAGACCUCGGGAGAAGUGGGUGGGUGGGAGGAGGAGUUAGCGCUAGUACGUGGUCCCUGUUUCUGUCAUCUUGGGCAAUGAUGUGUAGGCGUCCUCUGGACCUCGUCACUGAGGAGUACGCACCAUUCCCUUUUUAGGCGUGAUUGUUGUUGUUAUCGUCCUUUUCUUUCUUCAUUCAUUUAACAAAUAUUCACUGAACGCCUCCUGUGUGCCAGGCACUGUGCUGGGUGCUGGGAUACCACUGAGUAAGACAGACAAGGUCCCUGCUCUUAUGGAGUCUACUUCUAGUGGAGGAGACAGAUGAUAAGUAAACAGAUAACUGAUGUAGUUGAGAUAGUGAUUAAGCACUAUGAAGAAAAUAAAUAGGGUGAUGAUUUAGAGUGGUGGGGGGCGGGGGUGGGAGCAACCUUAGAUAGCGUCAGGGAAGGCCUUUCCAAGGGGUGGUGGUGGAGCUGAGACCCGAGGCAUAAGCGCCCCUGCUGGCAGAGCCAGGGCCUGAGGAGGGCAGGCAGAGGCCAGCAGUGGCUGGAGGGUAGUGAGCGGUGGGAGGGACGGGUGCGGAGUUCUCAGUAUCCUGACUUUUAUAGGCCUGGGGUUGGUUUUUGUUUGUUUUGUUUUGUUUUGUUUUGCUGGAUUGAUCUUCAGAACUCAUGUGGAGGAAGUGAAGGAAUGUUUAGAAGACCAAAAGUCCCCAAUGACAAGAACAAAAAGCAACCUGUUCUUACCUUUGUUUUCCUUCUCAUUCCUGUUUUCACUGAUUUCCCUCACGUAGUCCUUUUGCUCAGGAAGUCUUUGGGGGAAAUUAAGGAUCUUUGAUGCUCUGAAGUGGGUGAUCAGGUUAGUGAUGUCUGUCAGCUAAGAGGUUGGAAAAUGAACUACUCACAAUGUCAUGGAAAUACUGAAACAAAGUUUGAUUUUUCUCUUCACAUUUGAAUUAAUUUCUUCUGUUUGACUGGAAGGGGCUUUUGUGUAACUAAACCUCAGCGCAUAAAGGAGGCCCAGAAGAAGCGUACACUUGAGCAGGUGGACCAUGAACCUCGAGAUGGAUUUUGGGGUAAAUUUGUCAAUGCCUGGGUUUUAAUCCAGACAUCUCUGCUAAUAACCUUUUGGUAUGUCACUUGGCAAGCAUCCCCUCCUUUUCAAAAAGAGAGGGCUGGCUUAGUUAUUUAAUAAAGCCCCUUCCAGGCCUGAAUUCCGAGACUCUGAUUUCCUAUGAUGUCUGUCACUCUUCCAUGUCACAACAGUGUGGAGCAUUAGAGAAAAGUCUAGAUCUUAGUUGAUAGAGAGCCAGCUGAAAUAUCAUUGAUAGAAUUUUAGUUUUAGGGAAAAUUGGUUUGAUUUCUAGCUUUAUUACUAUUAGGUAUGUGAGCUUGGGCAAAUCGCUUAAUCUUUGAGUCUAGUUUUCUCACCUACAAAAUGAGGAUAUUAGGCUAAAUGAUCUCCGAGUUUCCAGCUAGUCCUAGAGUUCUAUAUUUCUACAUAGUUGGAUUAUUUUAUCAUGCUGUUGCUGGGGAAUAUGACUAACACUUUUGAAGCUACUAAUUUUAUGUCGAGCUUUAAAGUCCAUAAUUGUUAUCGUCGGGAAAUAUUAUUUGACCUACAAUAUGUCCAAAUCAAUUUAAUAAAAUCACUUUAUAA